UGUCGGCUCCUCCACGCUGAACUUUGCAGCGAUUUGACGGCUCUCCUGUUCAAGGAGACUCAGCGCGACCGGCUACCCUUUUCUGGCGUUUUCUUUGAGUUACCCUCUACUCGCGGGAAGAAGAAAAAUGUCUGCCUCGGCAGCGAAAUCGAGUAAAAAGGAGCUGAACUCGAACCAUGACGGAGCGGACGAGACCUCCGAGAAAGAGCAGCAAGAAGCUAUUGAACACAUCGAUGAAGUUCAAAAUGAAAUUGACAGGUUGAACGAGCAGGCCAGUGAGGAGAUCCUGAAAGUAGAACAGAAAUACAACAAACUCCGUCAGCCGUUCUUUCAGAAGAGGUCAGAACUGAUCGCCAAAAUCCCCAACUUCUGGGUCACCACAUUUGUCAACCAUCCACAGGUAUCUGCCCUACUGGGAGAGGAGGACGAAGAAGCACUUCACUACCUGAGCCGGGUGGAAGUGACAGAGUUUGAAGACAUCAAGUCGGGCUACAGAAUAGAUUUUUAUUUUGAUGAAAAUCCAUACUUCGAAAACAAAGUACUUUCCAAAGAGUUCCAUCUGAACGAGAGUGGAGACCCAUCUUCAAAGUCAACAGAAAUCAAAUGGAAGUCAGGAAAGGACCUGACCAAGCGUUCAAACCAGACUCAGAAUAAAGCUGGAAGGAAGCGGCAACAUGAAGAACCGGAGAGCUUCUUCACUUGGUUCACCGACCACGCCGAUGCUGGAGCUGACGAGCUCGGGGAGGUCAUCAAGGACGACAUCUGGCCAAACCCCCUGCAGUACUACUUGGUUCCGGACAUGGACGACGAAGAAGCUGAAGGUGAGGAGGAUGAAGAGGACGAGGAGGGUCUGGAGGAUAUCGACGAGGAAGGAGAUGAAGAUGCCGAGGAGGACGAAGAGGAUGAAGGGGAAGAUGGAGAGGAUGACGAAGGAGAAGACGACUAAUAUCACCUACCAGACCCUUAACCGUCUAUUCCCUGUUUAUUUUUCCACUCAUGUUCGGGAGCAAAGGUUUUAAUUUUUUUUUUUUUUUUUUACUUUUAUCCGUUUGUGCUUCACGUUCCAUUCUGAAGCCUCUUCACCUGCUGAUGCCAUGUUUAUGUUUCUCCUUUGACUCAUCCAAGGCCAACUGCACUUUGCCCUGAAUUGUGAGUACCAUCCCCGAAGACCUCUUUAAAAUAAUAAAAAAAAA